GAAACAUUAAUUACAUAAUUUAUAGUAGUGCUUUCUUCUACAAUGUCUGAAGAAGUGACUUAUGCGACACUCAUAUUUCAGGAUUCUGUUGGAGAGAGAAAUAACCGCGAUAGAAAUAACCUAAGGGAAAGAGGGUAUCCAGCUCCUUCACCAACCUGGCGUCAGGCUGCCCUGAGUCUGCUAACUCUUUGUCUGAUGCUGCUGAUUGGGCUGGUGACCUUGGGGAUUAUGUUUUUGCAGACAUCUAAUGAAAUUAACUCAGAUUCAGAGAAAUUAAAUCUACUUCAAAAAAUCAUCCACCAACAGCAGGAUAACUUAUCCGAGCAGCUGAACAGCUACAGAAACUUUCCCACCGAGGAGGAGUUUCUCAAAUCACAGAUCUCCAGUCUGUUGAAGAGGCAGGGACAAAUGGCCAUCAAACUCUGCCAGGAGCUAAUCAUUCACACUUCAGACCACAGAUGCAAUCCUUGUCCUAAGAUGUGGCAGUGGUACCAAAACAGCUGCUAUUAUUUUGCAACAAAUGAGAAGACCUGGACUGACAGUAGGAAAAACUGCAUGGACAGGAACUCCACUUUGGUGAAGAUAGAUAGUUUGGAGGAAAAGGAUUUUCUGAAGUCACAGCCAUUACCCACGUUCUCUUUCUUCUGGCUGGGCUUAUCCUGGGACCCAUCUGGAAGGAGCUGGCUAUGGGAGGAUGGCUCUGGCCCUUCUCCAUCCUUAUUCAGCACUAAAGAGUAUGCUCAGAUCAAUGGAUCCAAAGGAUGUGCCUAUUUUCAAAAAGGAAAUAUUUAUAUUUCCCGCUGCAGUGCUGAAAUUUCUUGGAUUUGUGAGAAGGCAGCUGCAUUAGUGAAGACUGAAGAUUUGGAUUAAUAUGCUUCUUCCAGAUUCACCGGAUGUAAGGGACUUGUGGUUAAAUUCAUGUGAAGAAAGAGAAAUCUCCCCUACUAGAGCCAAAAACAGAUGAAAAAAA